AUGCGGUGUCCCCAUUGUCAGGAGGACGUAAUGACCAGAGCGGCCUAUAAGAACACAACGAUAACACACUUCAUGGCUAUUCUUCUAGGAGUAUUGUUCUGGUGGCUAUGUUGUUGUUUAGUACCAUACUACGUAAGAAGAUGGAAGAACGUUGAGCAUUAUUGUCCCAACUGUCAAAGAUUUCUCGGAGUGUACACCAGGAAAACUAUAAUU